AUGGUUCUAGAAAAGAUGAUAUAUAACGAAUCGCAUAGCAUUAAUGCAAAGGAAGUAGGAUACCAAAUUGUAAAUGGAACGCCACUGAGACACCAGGCUGCAACACCGAAAGAUAUGGAGAACAAAUUGUCUGCGAUAGCAACAAGUGAUAGUAAAGACCGAUUGGAGAUAUCACAUCAAACUGGUUACUCGUCCAGUGAGAAAGGAACGACACAUAGGUACCAAGCUGCAUUGAAGUUGCAGAAGGUGUACAAGAGUUUCCGGACAAGAAGACAACUUGCAGAUUGUGCAAUUCUUGUGGAACAAAGAUGGUGGAAGGUGCUAGAUUUUGCUGAACUCAAGCGGAGCUCUAUAUCAUUUUUCGACAUCAAGAAGCCUGAAACAGCUGUUUCUCGCUGGGCAAGAGCCAAAAAAAGAGCUGCCAAGGUGGGAAAGGGUUUGUCCAAGGAUAAAAAGGCUCGUAAACUUGCUUUGCAGCACUGGCUUGAGGCAAUUGAUCCCAGACAUCGGUACGGACAUAAUCUUCACUUCUACUAUGCAAAAUGGCUCCACUGUGAGAGUAAACAGCCCUUCUUUUAUUGGCUUGAUAUAGGGGAGGGAAGAGAACUCACCCUUGAAGCAUGUCCUCGGUCAAAGCUUCAAACACAAUGCAUCAAGUAUCUUGGUCCGGUAGAAAGAAAGGCUUACGAAGUACUAUUGGAGGAUGGGAAGUUGAUGUACAAGGAGAGCGGAGUGGUACUUGAUACAACAAAAGGCCCCAAAGAAACUAAGUGGAUAUUUGUCCUGAGUGUGUCCAAGGACUUAUACGUUGGACAGAAGAGCAAGGGUACAUUUCAACAUUCAAGUUUCUUGGCAGGGGGAGCCACAUUGUCUGCUGGAAGAUUAGUGGUCGAAAAUGGAAUACUAAAGUCGGUUUGGCCUCACAGUGGGCAUUAUCUCCCAACAGAAGAAAAUUUUGAGGAAUUUAUGUUAUUCCUUCUGGAAAACAAUGUGGAUCUCACAAAUGUUAAGACUGUAGGUGAGGAUGAAGAAGGAGGCGCGUUAAGCAAAAAGAGCAACACAGGAUUUCGAAAUAGUCCACGAAAACCAAAUUCAUCUAAAGAUACUAUAACAAAUGAUGAAGGCACAGUGGAGGAGAGCACCGAUUCAAGAGAUGAGAGCUCCCACUGUGCAGAUAACCCUCAUCUUCUGUCAAGAUUACCAGAAAAAUUCUGCUCAAAGAUAGCCAAACUUAAUAUACCAGGAAAAGAGGAUGUGUUUGAAGAUAAAGACCAAAAUCCAAUUACUUGUCGGGAAUAUUUUCCAGAUUCAGAUUCUGAUUCAGAUGCUGAUGAGGAUGGUUAUGAAACAGCAGAAGAAUCAAAGUUGAGAGAGGAAGAUUUCAUGGUGUCGAAAAUGAACUUGUUUGAUGAAGAUCCAUAUGAUGAAGAAGAAGAAAAGCCAAUAUCGAAAGAAAAAAUAAUGCAGAGGAUUAGUUCACAUAAAGGAAUGAAUUCAUACCAGUUGGGACAGCAUUUGAGCACAAAAUGGAGUACAGGAGCUGGCCCUCGGAUUGGUUGCAUGAGGGACUAUCCUUCAGAGCUUCAGUUCCGGGUUCUACAGCAAGCUUGCUUGUCUCCAAGGCCAGUAGGAAGAACUCCUCGGAAUGCUUGUCCAUCUCCUUUAACUAGAGAAUCAAAGAAACCAGUGCAGGAGUAA